UUUUAGUCUCAGUCUAGCCCUGGUUUUCCGAUUGUGAGAAGUCAAGAACCAGACUCUUCAAGGGGUGUCAACGUUUUAAGGUAAGAGUCAUUUUGUCACGGGUUUUGGUAAACUGUAUGUCAAUACUUGGCCGGGUACAAUUGAUCUUUUCACCUCCAGUCAGUAAUAAGGGGUUCAAAUAUACCAUUUAUGUAUAGACUUCAAGGUUAACAGAACAUGCCCGGUUUGUAUCGUGCUAGUAUUCCAGAAAUUUUGAUUAAAUAGACCCAUUCAUGACAUGUUUUCCCCUCCGUUUGUAUCGAACUCUUUGUUCACCACAAUUGCAAGUUUUGGUGCGGAAAUGCGAUCGGAAUCAGGGCAACUUCCACAAAGGUAUCUAAUACAACAUCUCAAUACUAAUAGUAUGAAUCAUAUGGUUAGGUAGAAGACAAAAAUACAUUAUCAGAGCCAGUGUGAACUGAAAAUAACAAAGGAUUGCCUUAUAAAAGUCCUAUCGUCUUCAUCACCAUUACCGUCAACAAUAAGGUAAAAGUACGUGCAAACCAAGGGGAAAACCAAUCAAGGAAGGCAUUGGUCUCACGAGACGGCCUCCACAGCAGCCUCGGACGACCUCGAGGACUCGCCCUACUCUUCCCGCGAGGACCUCAACCUGAAAGAUGAGGAGGAGAAGGAGGAGAAGCCGGAGGAGGAAGAGAAGGAAAAGGACGAAGAGAACCGAGAGCAAGGAAAGACCUCAGUCGAGGACGAACACGAACUGGACGCGGACGAACCCCAAGAGCGAUGGAAAAAUGCCGGCAACUAUAGUCGUUACGAAAGCACUUUAGCCCAUCAAAUCGCCAUGACUCACACACACGGAACCCAUCGUGGAGGCCUUGACUUCUACACUUUGGCUCGAGGCGGUGAACGGAGUUAUUCGUGCUCGUUCUUGGUCAAUCUCGAUCCGGACUUGCUCUCACUUUGCUCGCGAGAGGAUGCCACGCCUUUGGAUUUGGCUCGAGAUGCCUUGAUCUCGCACACCAAGCGCAUCUUCAAGUUCAUCCAGAUGAAAUCCGGCCGGGAGGUCAACCAAUUUUGCUUUGGGUCCACCUAUGUUCAACUUAAUCCAAAUUACCGACGAUUUGAACGAAUGGAACCGAUGACUUGGAAAAAGGAGGGGAUUGCGAGCCAUUGGACCGGGAUGAGAGGAUUCCGGAAGUCGUGUUGCAAGGUCUGCUGUCAAGAUCGAAAUUGCACGGGUUGCAAAUCCUGUCGGCAUUGCGUCAACGGGCCAACCCGUGGGAACUAUGACGGUCUGGUGGUGUUGACUGCCGUCACCCGAGAAAGUCUGCCCAACCAGCCGGUUUAUGUGGCCAGUCGCAAGAGCAUUUCCCAAAGAAAAGCCGAGGAGAAGCUGCCCGAUCAUGAGAUGUUCGCCAUCAGUCUGGAAACCUUGCUUUCCACCCAUUUCAUGUACGGUGAUCCUGACUACCAAACAAAAUGCGUGCCCACAUCCCGCACCUCCAUUCUCUUGGGCGAGACCGUGGACGAUUUGCGGAAGCACAAAAAGUACUCCGGAUAUGUGGUCUAUGUGGCCUAUCGAUUGGGGCCCCAUGCCUCGAUCUCCCAUUCCCAAAGGCUGAGUCGGGUCUCGACCACCAACCAUCGAGAAUUACAGGAGCGGAAUGCCGCCGCCAUUCAAGAGACCGAUGAGGAAGGUCCUGGCAGUGUCGGGAAUCGAACCGACGACGAUGAGAGAGGUAGAUCCUCGCCUGAGCAGCCUUUUAACGGCUAUGGCGGGGGAGGACAUUUCGAGAUUGAUGAAGAUGAUGACAUUGACUUCACGCAAUUCGAUGACGGACCCAACCAGUUUGGAAACGAUGAGGAUGACGAGAAAUUGCUGGAAGAUCUCGAGGAUAAGCAACUUUUGGCCAGGAUCAAGGAUUUGGAAUCUGAAAACUCCAGUCUGACUGAAAAGGUGUGGAAAUUGGAACACGGAAGAACUUGGGUGGAGAAUCGCCUUACUGCCCUUGAGACUGAGGUGACCACUCUCAAGGGAGCCCCCUUAGCCUCCAUGCCGAGUUUAAGGGAGAGCGAGUAAUUUUUUCCUCGAAUGUCUCGCUAUUUAGCACAUUGAUAAGUCAAUUGUCGCUUUUACGGUAUCCUUUGCACAUCUAUCGAAAAGAAAGUUUUGUAGAAAUACAUUUGAAUUUCGUGAA